UGCUGCUCAAAAAGUAUGGGGUCUAAGACAAUUCCCCCUCGACAGCUACACUCCUGCUCAUACGGCAAUCAAAAGCAGAUCCUGUGUCUAGGGCUGAAGACGAGCAUAAGGGCUGUGCUUCCGGCCAUUCAUAUCGCUCACGGAGCGGAGUGCCACUUGCACGAGCAACGGAAGCGGCCUAGUUUUUGCUGCUCCGCGCUCAAUUUUUGGUUUUCCUCCCCUUCAUUCGCCUUUCGCUUCCCAUCUCCGGGGAAGGUGCGGCAUCAGUUAGGUUCGUGCCUACCGCUUAGCCGCUAUGAAGCUCGUGAGGUUUCUAAUGAAACUUAGUCAUGAAACUGUAACCAUUGAACUGAAGAAUGGGACCCAGGUACAUGGAACCAUCACAGGAGUGGAUGUCAGUAUGAAUACACAUCUUAAAGCUGUAAAGAUGACUCUGAAGAACAGAGAACCUGUCCAGUUGGAGACUUUGAGUAUUCGAGGCAAUAAUAUUAGGUAUUUCAUUCUACCAGACAGCUUGCCCCUGGAUACCUUGCUGGUGGAUGUUGAACCAAAAGUCAAAUCCAAGAAAAGGGAAGCAGUUGCAGGAAGAGGACGUGGUAGAGGACGUGGCAGAGGUAGAGCACGUGGCAGAGGAAGAGGAGGUCCAAGGCGAUAAUUUCUUUAAAGCCACUGAAAAUUGCCAGGCACCAUAGGCUAUUUUUUGUACAGGUUUUGUUUCAGUGUCAAUUUUUAAUAAACAAGCGUGGAAAAUGU